UUCAUGUUUGCACAAGGUUGCCAUCUUGUGCCUACUCGGCGCUAGUGUACAGUAAGUACAGUAGUAUAGUGGGCGAAAAUGAAACAAAACCUCCGUUCCAGCUGAACGCAGAGGCCUGAAAGAGGAGGGGAAGCAACAUGGGAAGUCAGGAGGAGCUCCGUCAUGACUGGAUGGACAGCCAUGAUGGAUCCUCUCCGUCUGAAAAAAACAGAGGCACUUUCGGAGGGUUCAAUCGCCAUCUUGCUCCGGGUGACGCCGGCCUCAUUACGGACUCUUCCAUCCAGGAAAACACGCAGCUCUUCCCGCUCAUGGAGACCAAACUGUACAAGCGGCGUUGGGUCAUGCUCUUCAUCUUUUGCGUCUAUUCCAUGAGCAACGCUAUGAUGUGGCUGCAAUACGGCAUCAUCAGCAACAUCUUCAAGCACUUUUACGGUAUUGGCGACCAGGCCAUCAACUGGCUCUCGAUGAUUUAUUUCCUGACCUACAUCCCUCUCAUCGUGCCCGUCAUGUGGCUGCUGGACAACCGAGGCCUCCGAGAACUCAUGGUGGUGGGCUCCGCUUUGAAUUGCAUCGGCGCUUGGAUCAAAACGAGCACGGCUCACCCCGACUCGUUCCCUAUGACCUUCCUCGGCCAGUUUGUGUGCUCAGUGGCCACUGUUUACAUCCUCGGCAUCCCAUCCAAACUUGCUUCUGUGUGGUUUGGACCACAGGAGGUGUCCACGGCCUGCGCCAUUGGUGUUCUGGGAAACCAGAUGGGCAUCGCUAUUGGCUUCCUGAUCCCCCCCAUUCUCGUGCCUAAUGUCGACAAUGUGGAGGAGCUGGCACACCACAUUAAGAUCAUGUUCUACAUCAGUGCCGGUGUGGCCACCAUCAUUUUCAUCCUUGUGAUCAUCGUGUUCCAAGAGAAACCAGAGCUCCCUCCCACACAGGCCCAGGCUCAGGCUAGGUGCAUCCCUCCAGAGAGCUAUUCCUAUCUGGCCUCCGUUUGGAGGCUGCUGCGCAACAAGCCCUUCAUGCUGCUGUUGGUCAGCUACGGACUGAAUGUUGGCUGCUUUUACGCGGUGUCCACACUUCUGAACCGAAUGAUCAUUGAACAUUAUCCAGGUGAGGAGGUGAAUGCAGGUCGGGUUGGGCUGACCAUUGUCAUCGCAGGCAUGGUGGGAUCGCUCAUCUGCGGAGUUUGGCUGGACAAGACUAAAACCUACAAGCAGACCACGCUGGCCGUGUAUGUGCUUUCCCUGGUCGGGAUGCUGAUAUACGCCUCGACACUCAACCUGGGACACCUGUGGGUGGUGUUUCUCACAGCCGGAGUUUUAGGCUUCUUCAUGACUGGAUACCUUCCUUUGGGCUUUGAGUUUGCAGUAGAGCUCACCUACCCCGAAUCAGAAGGAACCUCAUCUGGUCUCCUCAACUGUUCAGCUCAGAUCUUCGGAAUCAUCUUCACCAUUGCCCAGGGGAAGAUUAUUGAUGGAUGGGGGACUUUGGCAGGAAACAUUUUCCUGUGUAUAUUCCUUUUGAUAGGAUCUAUAAUGACGGGAUUCAUCAAAUCUGAGCUCCGGAGGCAAAAUGCCAACCUACAGGCUACUGGGCAUUCAGUCAGUGACAUGACCACUGUUCUGGAUGAAAGCCAUAAAGAAGCUAAGUCGGAAUACAUGAAGUAGCGGCGAUGCAUUCUGCUGUGAAAGCCUUGGUGAGGAUAAUUGGUCGCUGCACAGACCAAGUAAAACAGUGCGACUGUUGUGCCCCGAGGACACUAUACACACACACACACACGGAUCCCAAAAACAAGCACAAGAAAUCAGUCAUGCACAAGAACAACGCACUUAGAAUCUUAAAUGUCUUUACCGUUCAUAGUUUGUCAGUGUCAAAUGGAGCGUGACCUUUUCAUAUCCUCUUACCUCAAAAUUUACAAACUACUGUUCAACUACGACGAACACUGCUACAGUAACUGACUUAUGUCAGUGGAUUAGUACUGUAUUUGCUUUAAAGCUUUGUAAAAGCUUUUCAUUUUCACGUCACGGCAACUGGAACGUUUUCCGCCUGUCAUUCCCGAUCACGUGGCAGUAUUACCUCCGAAUUCUACUGACUGCAAUAACAGUCGAUGCUGUGCGUCUUAUGUAUACUUUGGAAGGGCAGUUUUGUCCGCCCCCAGACUUGGCGGACGGAAACUUGAAGACUGAUAUUUUUGUCGAUAUGGAAGAAGAGGGAGGCGAAUCCAAUCAUUCAUUUUGCACAAGAAAAAAAACGAUAUUUUAUUAAUUAAAAAUAUGCUUUGCUUGUAAAGUCACAAUAGAGAAAUGCAUAAUGUGCAUAGUUUGCGAUUAAUUUGUUUUGUUGCACAUGUGGCUUUUUGUGUUGUGGUUUCUCUUUUACAGAAUAUGCGAUUACUCUAAGGUGCUAAUUUAUCAUUUUAUGGAAUUUUAGGAUAUUUUACAAAACUGUGAAGAUCUGACACUCCUUGGUAUUUCAAACACCUGAAAUAAAUUCUUCCUCAUAUA